AUGGAAGAAAAUAAAAUAACAAAACCAUAUUUAGUAUUUAUAUUUUCUGGUCAAGGUUCAUUUAAAAAUAAAAUACCAUUAGAAUUAUUUGAAAAUGGAAAUAAUUUUAAAUCAACGAUAAUGGAAAUUGAUAAUAUUUUUAAUGAAAAAUAUUAUGGAUAUUCAAUGUUUGAUAAAUAUAAAAAUCUUAAAGAGAAUGAUAGUGAUUCAUUUCUAGAACAACAUUUUAUUCAUUGUAUAUCAUUUAUGUUUCAAGUUUCAAUUUUUAAACUUUAUAAACAUUAUGGUGUAAAACCAGAUCAAAUAGUUGGUAUGAGUUUAGGAGAGAUUGCUUCAGCUUAUUGUUCAGGUUUAAUCGAUUUGGAAACCGCUUGUUUCAUUUCCCAUAAAAGAGCAUGUUUAAUGACAAAACUUGAAAAUAAAACAAUAAAGAAAAUAAUAUCCAUUAAAAAACCUGAAGAUUAUUAUUGGGAUUUUAUUAAACCAAAUUAUCCAUCAAUUCAAAUUUGUGGUUGUUUAUGCUAUGAUUUAAUAUUGGUGGCUGGUGAUCAAAAUGAAAUCGAUCAAUUAAUUUGUUAUUUAUCUAAAAAUGAAAUCCGAUUUCAUUGUAUUGAAGGUUUAAUUAAUUUUCAUACAUCAGAUAUCGAUCCAGUUGAAAAUGAUUUUAAACAAUUAUCAUUUCAAUCAUUUGAACCUGAAAUUCCAAAUAUAUCAUGUUCAACUGCAAAAUUAUAUAAUAAGAAAACUCAAGAUUUUAAUGCAGAAUUUCUUUUUCAUAUUGCUCGUUCUCCAGUUAAUCUAGGUAAAGUAACAAAUCAAAUCUAUGAAACUAAUAGUUGUUUAAAUGUAAAUAGACCAAUUGUUUUGGUUGAAAUAUCACCUUUUAUUUUUUCAUUAAUACCAGUUGAAAAAGAUAUUAAAAAACUUUCAAAAGAAAAUAAUGACAAUUGUAAUCAUCAAUUUUUCACUGCAAUUUCUCAAGAUUUUAAAACUAAUUUUUUAAAGUCUAAUGAUUUGUUAAUUAAAACAUUUGGAAAAAUUAAAUAA